AUGGCAACAUAUGCUGCAUUUACAAUCAAGACGACUUCAUGGCGUACCAAAUUUCGUAAAAUGGCAAAUCAAGCUGAUAAUGAGGCAGCAACAGUAGCAGUGGACUCUUUAUUAAAUUAUGAAGCUGUUAAAUACUUUAACAACGAAAAGUUUGAGACAGAACAAUAUGAUAAGGCCCUGUCCAAGUACGAAAAAGCCUCACUCAAAAUAGCCACUUCCCUGGCAUUUUUGAAUACUGGUCAAAAUUUCAUUUUUAGUACUACUUUAACAGCUAUGAUGGCUUUGGCUGCUCAAGGAAUUGUUCAAGGAACAUUAACUGUUGGCGAUCUGGUGAUGAUUAAUCAACUUGUAUUUCAACUUUCAUUACCUUUAAAUUUUCUUGGUUCGGUUUACAGGGAGUUACGACAAAGCUUGAUCGACAUGGAUACUAUGUUUAAUUUACAAACAAUGAAUAUUACUAUUAAGGAUAUGCCUGACGUGAAACCACUCAUUAUCCAAGGUGGUGAAAUCAAAUUCGAAAAUGUAGUGUUUGGAUACCAUCCUGAUCGCCCCAUUUUGAAAGGUGUUAAUUUUGUUGUACCGAGAGGAAAAAAGAUUGCAAUUGUAGGACCAAGUGGAUGCGGAAAAUCGACUAUAUUACGGUUAUUGUUUCGAUUUUAUGAUCCUCAAUCUGGAAAUAUAUAUAUUGACGGACAGAAUAUUAAAAAUGUUACAUUGGAAAGUUUAAGAAAGAGCAUUGGGGUGGUUCCACAGGAUACAGCUCUCUUUAACAAUUCUAUUUAUCAUAAUAUAUUAUAUGGCAAAAUAAACGCUGAUUCCAAUGAAGUAGAAAAUGCUGCAAAAAGAGCUCAGAUUCACGAUGCAAUCCAAUUAUUACCUGAUAAAUAUAAUACUCGUGUUGGUGAACGUGGUUUUAUGCUUUCAGGAGGGGAAAAACAACGCGUAGCUUUAGCAAGAACAAUUUUAAAAGAUCCCCCAAUACUUUUUUUUGAUGAAGCAACUUCUGCAUUAGAUACUCAUACCGAACAAUCCUUACUUUCUAAUAUAAGAAGUAUACUUCAGGAAAAAAACAAAACGAGUAUGUUUGUUGCACAUAGGUUAAGAACUAUUUCAGAUGCAGAUGAAAUAUUUGUAUUACGCGAUGGUGUUAUAGUUGAACAUGGUACUCAUGAAGACCUUAUACAAAAGGAAGGUGUUUAUGAAGAUAUGUGGUCUACUCAAGAAAUUUCAGAUUCAAUAUUUGAUGAAGAAUUUGUUGAAAUUCAAGAAAAUGUUGAAACAGAACGCAAAGAAAAGGCUGGUUCAACAAAUAAUUAA